CCCCUGGCGGCCGGCGCGCGAGUUAGCCGUGCAGCUGUCACGCCGGUUCGCACAUGGCAGCGGCCUCCAGCCCAUCCUGCAGGUUGGACAAGUAGCGGCCCGGCUUUCCUCGCAAAGGGCGUUACCGUCGCGUUUCACCGCAUUCCAGGAUGGCGCAGCCGCAGCAGUACGCCGCAGUGCCGCAGGCAGCAGCAGUGAUUAGCACGCCGCUGGGACCUGAGCCAACAACAUUGCAGUGUCCAUCAUGUCACAAGACUGUAACAACUGAGAUUAGAUACAAAAGCAACACAAAAACACACAUUGUAGCAGUUCUUCUUUUUGUCUUCCUUUGCUGGCCCUGUAUAUGCGUCCCUUACUGCACAGGAUGCUGCAGAGUAAAGGAGCACUACUGUCCGGGAUGCAAUGCAUUCCUGGGAGCAUAUGAUAACUAAUUUAUAUCUUGCACUUAUUUUAACUUCUAUAUUAUGAUAUAUGUAAUUCACACAAUGCAACCAGUCAUCACUAACUUAGCUGCUAUGAUUUUAACUUCCAUUUGUUUCCUGUACUUUUCAUACUUUUUUAUAUGAACAAAAGUUGAAAAUUGUGCUCAGCCUUUAUCUGUAAUUAUUCAUUUUUAUGACUUUUGGGGAGUAAUAAAAAUAUUUAUUCUUCA